CAACUAAAAUAAAAAAGGACUAACAAAGGAAGCAAAAAUAAAGAAAAAAAAAAACUCUCUGUUCUUCUUUCUUCAUCAUCAGCCAUUACCGUCCUCUCUCUCUCUCAUCUCUCUGUUUUUCUCUGUUCCGUAUCUGUACUUUGUUUUCAGCCAUUGAAGAUAUGGUGAAGAACCUUAAAGUUGAUUCUCUUGCUAAGGUCACUGCCUCCACCACUUCCAUGAAGAGCCAAUCAGAGCCAUAUUAUGAAACUCUUGAGACAUAUCAAGGCCUGCCUUGUCCUUACGGUGGUUACUAUGGAUUCUACUAUCCAGGUAUUGAUGGUUCUGCUGGAGAAGCAAAGGAUAAUGGAUACUAUGGUUAUGGAACAGAAGUUCAGUACCCGGUAAUGCAAGGGGAAAAUGGAUCAUUGAUCUACUUGAUGCCAGGGUUUCAAUCUUAUGAUGCUAGUCCCACUUAUAUGCCUAUAAGCUCGGUUGGUGUAUCGAGUCACGCGCUUCAUUCAUCACAGAUGUAUGCAGCUCAAGGAUAUUAUCAGAACCAAUAUGGUUAUGGAGGAGAUGUUUCAUCGCCAACAUACUUAUGGGAUCCUAGUGGAGAAAAGUAUGUGUAUGGUAUUGCUUCAAAUAACCAACCUUUGAAACAGAGCAUAUCUACUUCAAGCCAUAACCGCAGCAGUUAUUACUCAAAGAGCAAGACUUCUUUCACGGGUCAUGGCUUGGGAGAUCGGCCUAAAACUCCGCGAAAAAGCAGCUAUGCUCCAAGCUCACUGCAUAAUCAAGAAAGAGGUGGACUUGCAGCCCCGUUGGACCCGCAAAGGAAAAAAUCUGGAGCUUUGAAUCGGGAUGAAACAGAGAAGGCGAAAGCGAGGAACAAAGAAAAUGGUAACAGCAUGAAUGACUUAGCAAAUGGCCAAGAUCAUAAAAUUACAGAUGGAGAAUGUGAGUCAUGUUCGUUGGAUGUUGAAGGGAAUGGAAGAAGCAACGGUGUAGAAUAUGUGAUCAAAAGGGAUCAAUAUAACCUGCCUAGCUUUCAGACAAAAUAUGAGGAAGCAAUAUUCUUUGUGAUCAAGUCUUAUAGCGAAGACGACAUUCACAAGAGCAUCAAGUACAAUGUUUGGUCUAGUACUCUCAAUGGGAACAAGAAGUUAGACUCUGCAUUUCAAGAAUCUCAAAAAAAGAUUGCAGAGAAAGGUGGAAAGUGCCCGGUUUUCCUUUUCUUCUCGGUGAAUGCAAGUGGCCAAUUCUGCGGUGUAGCUGAGAUGACGGGGAGAGUGGAUUAUGAGAAAAGCAUGGAGUUUUGGCAGCAAGAUAAGUGGACUGGCUAUUUUCCGGUCAAGUGGCACAUCAUCAAAGAUGUUCCAAAUCCGCAACUACGACAUAUAAUACUAGAGAACAAUGAGAACAAGCCUGUAACCAAUAGCAGGGAUACACAAGAGGUGAGGUUGCUACAAGGGAAUGAAGUGUUGAACAUCUUCAACAACUAUGCAGCAAAGACAUCUAUAUUAGAUGAUUUCGAUUUUUAUGAAAACAGAGAGAAGGUUAUGGUACAGAAGAAGCUAAGAUUCCCUCCUGUAUCGAAGAAGAAAGAAGAAGACUUGGUUGCUGAUUUCCAAACAAUGGAGAUAUCAAAUACAGUCAAAGAGGGAAUCACAGACAUAACCGGGGAUGUGAAUUAAUUAGAAAAAGUUGUAGUGUGUUUUGGUUUGGUUUUUAAAGAAUCAAUACAAACCGUCCGAUUGUUUCGGAUUGAUUUGAUUUAAUAACACGUGAGUGGCUUCUUGUUCUAUUAUUUGUCGUAUGGUGUAAGUUUUUUUUUUCUUGUGGUUUUGUGUUUAUUAUAUGUUUCGCAAUUUGUAAUCAUUCGCAAUGAUAUAGGAUCUGAUUUAUACUGAAAUCUGAACGCUACCAAA